GUUGGGUCGGAAAAGCUGCCUCACGGGCUCUCCCGUUGGCCCCUUGGCUGCCCCCUCCUUUCCUCCCUCCCAGUGCUCCCCGCCCCGGCCUCCCCUCCAGUCUCGGCUGUGCCUUCCCGGAGGCAGCGCCCGCAGCGGCCUCACCCUGUCCCAGCCGGGCCAGAAGCCCGCCGCCUCCCCGCGGCCCCGGCGCGCAGCUGCCCGCCACACCCAGGAGCAUGUCAAUGAGAAAACCAGUGGAUCACCUUCCAAGCCGGGAGAGAAGAAAGCCUCAGAUGAGAAGAAAGCAGCAAGCCUUGGGAGCAGUCAGUAUUCCAGAACCUAUGCUGGUGGAACAUCUCCGGCGACCAAGGUGUCAACUUCCUCUGGUGUGACUAGUAAGUCUUCCAGUAUGAAUCCCACAGAAACCAAGGCCAUGACAGUCAGCAAGCAGAUGGAAGGACCACCUCCUCCUAACAAGAGACAACACAGAAAGCAGGCUAUAAAGACAGAGCCUGAAAAGAAAUCACAAUCAACUAAGCCAUCUGCGGUUCAUGAGAAAAUAUCCCAGGAGGGAAAGCCAAAGGAACAUACAGAGCCAAAGAGUUCACCCAAGCAGGUACCAGACACAGGAAGCAAGCAUGCUCCUAAGGAAAAAGCAGUCUCCAGAUCAAGUGAGCAGCCAACAUCAGGGAAGCCAACAGAACCAAAGACUAAGUCGCAAGACAAGGUUUCUGCUGGUGGAGAGAGCAUCGUUGCUGGUGUAGCUGCAACAGUUGACAAACCAGGUGACAAGAAAAAAGAAAAGAAGUCAGUAGCUCCAGCUGCACCUGCUGACUCCAAACCGGAUAAACCAUCUGGAAAGUCGGGCAUGGAUGCCGCUUUGGAUGACUUAAUAGACAGCUUAGGAGCACCUGAAGAAGCUGGAGAUGAUAACGCAGCAUACACCGGACCAGAAGUUUCAGACCCAAUUACUUCCAUCUACAUAGAGGAACUGGGUAAAAAAGAAUCCACGAUUCCUCCAAAAUAUAGGGAACUUCUGGCUAAAACGGAAGGCAUCACAGGACCUCCUCCAGACUCUUCGAAACCCAUGGGGCCCGAUGAUGCUAUCGACGCCUUGUCGUCUGACUUCACCUGCAGUUCUCCCGCCCCUGGUGGAAAGAAAACUGAGAAGGAGAAAUCUACAGGAGAAGUUUUAAAAGCUCAGUCCGCUGGGGUUAUCAGAAGUGCUGCUCCACCCCAGGAGAAGAAAAGAAAGGUGGAGGAGGAUACAAUGAGCGAUGAAGCACUUGAGGCGCUGUCAGCUUCACUGGGGACCCGAAAGCCAGAACCUGAGGUCGACCUCGGCUCUAUUAAGGAAGUUGAUGAGGCAAAAGCGAAAGAGGAAAAACGAGAGAAGUGCGGUGAGGAUGAUGAGACAGUGCCGUCUGAAUACAGACUGAAACCAGCCACGGAUAAAGAUGGAAAACCAUUACUGCCAGAACCUGAAGAAAAACCCAAGCUGCUGAGUGAGUCAGAACUCAUUGAUGAACUUUCAGAAGAUUUUGACCAGAGUAAACGUAAAGAAAAACAGUCUAAACCAACUAAAAAAUCAGAAGCAUCUAAGGCUGCUGCCCCAACCCCUGUGGCAGAGGUGGUGCCUCGGACCUCCAUGUGCUCAAUACAGUCAGCUCCGGCCAAGCCAGCUGCCUCGAAGGGCAUGGUGCCGGACGAUGCUGUGGAAGCCUUGGCUGGUAGCCUGGGGAAAAGGGAAGCAGACCCAGAAGAUGGCAAACCUGUGGUGGAUGAGAUCAAGGAGAGAUCCAAAGAAGAAGACCGUGAAAAACUUGGUGAGAAAGAUGAAACGAUUCCUCCUGAGUACAGGUUAAAAGAGAUAAAGGAUAAAGAUGGAAAACCACUCCAGCCGGAAGUGCCCAAGGAACAGCUUCCGCCUUUGAGUGAAGAGUUUCUUCUUGAUGCUUUAUCUGAGGACUUCUCUGGUCUCCCAAACACUUCAUCUCUCAAAUUUCAAGAGGCUAAACUUGCUGCUGCCAUCUCUGAAGUGGUUUCUCAAACCCCAGCUUCAACCACCCAAGCUGCAGGCCCACCCCCUGACACUCCGCAGAGCAACAAAGAACUGGAUGACGCCCUGGAUAAACUUUCUGAUAGUCUAGGACAAAGGCAGCCUGACCCCAAUGAGAACAAGCCAAUGGAGGAUAAAGUAAAGGAAAGGGCUAAAGCCGAACACAGAGACAAGCUGGGAGAAAGGGAUGACACCAUCCCUCCGGAGUAUAGACACCUCCUGGACAGCAACGAGAAGGACAAACCAGCAAAGCCACCUACAAAGGAAUCCGAGAAACCCAAAGGAGACCAAGACCCCAUUGAUGCCCUCUCAGAGGAUUUAGACAGCUGUCCCUCAACUGCAGAAACUUCACAGAAGUCAGCAAAGGAUAAAAGCAAGAAGACCACUUCUCGUACCAAAGUAUCCAAGAAUGGAAGUAAACCAAAGGAUUCAACAAAGACAACAGAGGGAACUUCACAGCCAAAAGCUGAUGAAAGAAAUACAAGUUAAAGUUUACAGUAUUUGGGUAUCUGCAUAUAAAAUCUUCAGCUGGUGGACGGUGGCUUUAGAACAGCAAAAGGGUUUGGCAACAGAAAACAGUUUUUCUGGGUGGCUUCUAGACUGGUAUUUGUUGAGUCUUUAGACAUCCUAAUAUUGGUUUGUUAUUCUUUUCCACAAAAAAAAAAAGAAAGAAAGAAUUUGUCUGGUUCA